AUGGCCCCCAUCUCCUCACUACCACCUCAGAUACUGGAAGAUAUCUGCAAGUUACUGGCGUCUCCACCGCCAGACCGAAAUUCGGAUGGGACAAAACGUAGCCGCAGGCCAUAUACAAAAGACUGCGGUUCCAUGAGACUCACAUGCAAAGCUUUUCGCGAUCUAAGUGACUUGCGUCUCGCAUUGUUCUACGACAUUCUUGUCGAGCCUACCCGCCAGAGUAUCGCCAACUUAGACCUAAUAGCACGGCACCCUGUCAUUCGAAAUUGCGUCCGCCGCCUUACAUUUAACCGACCAGUGGUGCCCCCUCGACAGGUUUUGGCAUCCACAGCCUUUUCCAAUGAUUCUGAGGGUAUCCUCAGUUAUGGAGAAGUUGCAGCGAGCUGUGCCCUAUCAAUUUCUCGGCUCCCAAACCUUUUCAGCGUCGUCGUAUCCAAUACGGAUAUGUUCAACCCUGAGUACGACUACGAUUUCCAUGACCGUUCCAUACGUAUACAAGAAGGAUUGCAUGAGACGACCAGUAAGAACAGAUCGGAACCUAGCUAUGGAGACUAUGUUCUCUCUGCUCUCGCAGGGGUGGAAGACCGGAUUGAGGAAUUAAAUUCUGAUCUGCAAUGGGCGCCGACAUGGAAACUAUCACCUGAACCAAUCUUUGCACACCGUAGUAGGCCUUAUUUUACCAGGUUAACGCAACUCGUGCUACACUUACGGGAUGAGUCUAACAUACCUGAGGGGUCAGACUGGUCCGACAUCCUCCAUCCAUUGAUUAAGGAUUCCUCCAGGCUGGAAGAGCUUUGUCUUCACUUUCGGGGUGAUGACAAGCUACCGGAGAGAUACCCCGUCAUCAACCAACUAUGGGACAUGGAAAUCCCCCAGUUGACUGUCCUCUCCAUUCGACAUUGUCGAUUGUCGAGUUCAGCCUUUUCUGGUUUCCUUAGCCGCCAGAGCAGUCUUAGGCACUUGAGUUUAGAUAAAGUUGAGGCAGAUGCUGGAUGGGAUGUUAUUCUUACAUGCACCCAAGAGCAUCCAAAGCUGGGCCGUAUGAAGCCUGAAUACAACGGGGUGGACGGAAAACCAUCCAGCUUCACUAUUUAUUCCCUUUCAGCACCGAAUGAGCAAACCUAA